AUUUCACCUUCAAAAAGGUUAAAAGAGUCGGCCAAUUUUGACAUUUUCAUUUUACACCGGGCGAUUUGUGGAGUUGAAAGUGGAUAAAAAUUAAACCAUAUUCUACUUUUAUAUCUGUUUUAAAAAGAGUUUCCACUAUGCCUAUCAAGAGUAUCUUUGCCCGAAACAUUUUUGAUUCCAGAGGUAACCCCACUGUAGAGGUUGAUCUUGUAACUGAUUUGGGUCUGUUCCGUGCUGCUGUACCAUCUGGGGCAAGUACUGGUGUUCAUGAGGCACUUGAAUUACGUGAUGGAGACAAAUCGCGGUAUCAUGGAAAAAGUGUCCAGAAAGCCAUUGAUAAUAUAAAUAAAGUCAUUGCCCCAGAACUAUUGAAGGCCGGCUUGGAAGUAACACAACAAUCUGAAAUUGAUGAAUUUAUGAUUAAACUUGAUGGAACAGAAAACAAGUCAAAGUUUGGUGCUAAUGCUAUUUUAGGAGUCUCACUGGCUGUUGCCAAGGCUGGUGCUGCUAAAAAAGGAGUUCCCCUGUAUAAACAUCUUGCUGCAUUGGCUGGAAAUGACAAUAUCAUUUUACCUGUUCCUGCUUUUAAUGUAAUUAAUGGAGGAUCCCAUGCUGGAAACAAAUUAGCCAUGCAGGAAUUCAUGAUUCUUCCCACUGGAGCUUCUAACUUUACCGAAGCAAUGCGUAUGGGUAGCGAAGUGUAUCAUCACUUAAAGAAGGUUAUCAAUGACAAAUUUGGUCUUGAUGCAACAGCUGUUGGAGAUGAAGGUGGCUUUGCUCCAAACAUCUUGAACAACAAGGAUGCCUUAGAUUUAAUCAACGAAGCUAUUGCUAAAGCCGGUUACACUGGAAAAAUUGACAUUGGAAUGGAUGUUGCAGCUUCAGAGUUCUACAGAGACGGAUCAUAUGAUUUGGACUUCAAAAACCCACAAUCUGACAAAAGCAAAUGGUUAAGUCCUGACAAGCUCUUGGGACUCUACCAAGAAUUCGUUAAAGACUUCCCCAUUGUUUCUAUUGAAGAUCCCUUCGAUCAAGAUGACUGGAAUGCAUGGGCAGCCAUUACAGCUGCCACCAACAUUCAGAUUGUUGGUGACGAUUUAACUGUUACAAACCCCAAACGUAUCCAAACGGCUGUUGAGAAGAAAGCCUGCAAUUGUUUAUUAUUGAAGGUCAACCAAAUUGGAACAGUCACUGAAUCUAUUAAAGCCCAUUUGUUAGCUAAACAAAAUGGUUGGGGUACUAUGGUGUCCCACAGAUCUGGAGAAACCGAAGAUACAUUCAUUGCUGAUUUGGUGGUGGGUCUCUCCACUGGCCAAAUCAAGACUGGAGCCCCAUGCAGGUCAGAACGUUUGGCCAAAUACAACCAAAUUUUGCGCAUUGAAGAAGAAUUAGGAGCCGGAGCCAAAUACGCCGGAAAGUCGUUCAGAAAACCCCAGUAAAUAACCCAAGAGAGUAAAACUUUAUUGUAGUCUUUUUAAAGUGUCUAAUCAGUUGUGCGAUGGAUUACUGUUAAAGUACUGCCACAUUUUCCAAGAUAUGUGUAUUUAUUUCCAGAUAAAACCCGUAAAAUUAAGCACAACUUUAUUUCUAAGACUUUAAAAGUUGAUAUUUUUAUUUAAUUAUUUUCUUUAUUCAGUUCAGUUUUUUAAAGUAAUAUAAGAUAUUAAUGCAUUUUAUGUAUAAUGUUAAAAGACAAAAUACUUUCAAAAUUAAAGAUAUAUUUAAAAUUUAAACAAAAUGUUGGCUGUAUUUAGAGAUAGUCUUAUGCAUUCCCCUGGGAAUAUAAUAAGUUCUAUUGUUAUGCAAUGUUACCGUACUUUUUUGGAAUGAGAUGUAUUUAUUCAAUUUAUUUAAGUAACAAAGUGUAUUGUCAAAUAAA